AUGACUUCAACAGAAGAUCUUUCAGAAAUUAAAGAUGUCACUGAAGAAAAGAUUGUGUCUGCGUUAAAAGAAAGAUUUUUAAACGAUCAAAUAUAUACUCGAGUAAAGCAUUCGUUAUUGAUCGUUGUCAAUCCUUAUAAAGAUUCUCGUGAAACAAUUCAAGAGAUCAGUGAAAGAUAUCUAGCAGAGUAUAAAAAUACAGACAUCAAAAAGAGAUUGCCAGCACAUAUAUUCCAACACGUCAAUCAGGCUUAUUUUCAUAUGCGUAGAACUCGCAUCGACCAGUCUAUCUUACUGAGUGGUUUGUGUGGAAGCGGAAAGUCAGAGAUGAGCCAAUGGAUACUUUAUCACCUCAUCACACUCAGUAACCCGAAAAAACCAACAAAAUUACAACAACUAAUUCAAAUGGCUUACAGCGCCCUGGAAGCGUUUGGACAUGCAAAGACAGAUGUACAUGAUAAUGCGUCCCGUUUUGGAAAAUAUAUAGAAUUACAAUUUAAUGAAAAAGGAAGGAUGAUAGGCGCAAAAUUCUCAGAAUACAUGCUGGAAAGAUCAAGGAUCACCCAAACUAACGGUGACGAUCGUUGCUUUCAUGUCUUUUACUAUAUGCUUUAUGGGACAACACAAGAAGAAAAAUCUCUAUUACAUCUGGACGAGUCAACGUCAUAUGACUAUUUAUUCAAGACAAGGGAGGCAGCACGACUUGUAUCUUCCUUUAUAGAUCAAGAUGCUGAAAAGUAUAGUGAAUUGAGGACUCUGUUGCGAUCCCUUGGUAUCAACAAGAACACCUUUUUUCAAAUCAUGCAAAUACUUUCAGCUAUUUUACACUUGGGAAACCUUCAAUUUAUGGAUGACCCAACAAAUGAGCAAGACUCGGCAGUCAUAAAGAACAAGCUUGAAUUAGAGAUCAUAGCAGAUCUGUUGGGUGUAGAGACAAAGCCAUUAGAGUCUUGUCUCACUUACCAGACAAAACUGAUCAAGCGGGAUUUAACGACGAUUUUCUUAAAUGCUGAACAAGCAUCUCUUCAGCGUGAUGCUCUUGCUGAAACCUUAUAUACACUUUUAUUUGCUUGGCUCGUAGAAACUAUCAACAAGAGACUCAAUAUGAAAAAAUCAGACAGUUUACAAAACUUUAUAGGAAUCAUUGACUUUCCUGGACCAGCACCUAUUCAAACUGGAUCAUAUCAUCAAUUUUCGACACUUUAUGCAAAUGAAGUGCUCUACAACUGGAUGAUGCAUCAGCUGCACGAAAGAAAUGUUGCCGUUUACUCUGCUCUUAACCUGACGAUACCCACUUUAUCCAAUACACAAAUGGACGAAUGCGCUCAGUUACUUAAUCAUCCGCAGACAGGUAUAGUAACCCUAUUAUCCAACCAAGUCUCUUCCCAAGGACGCUUUUUAGACACACUAAAGCAGACGCAUCGGAAACAUCCUUGCUUGAGUUUUAAAUCCGGGGAUAAGGAAACACAGUUUGCUAUCCAGCACUUUACCGGCAGAGUCUUUUAUUCACCAUCAGAGCUCGAGACGUACGCAAACGAAGCUGUCUGUACAGAUUUUGUGUUGCUAUUUGGUCCCAAAGCAGCAGAGGCUCCUACAAACCGACUGGUUAGCAAACUCUUUUCUCAAAAGAUAAUAGAAAACACAGCACUUGCAGAAGAGCGUACACUUGCGACAACAACAGAGACAUCAAUAAAAAGACCACUUCGAAUAGACAGCAUACUCUCGAUGCUAUCAUCAACAAAGACUUGGUACGUUCUUUGUCUUCGUUCAAACGAUUUGUUGCUUCCACAUUCCUGCGACCCGAAAAAAUUAGCAGCGCAGAUAAAGUCACUUCACUUACUGCCUCUUGUAAUAAGAGCUCGUUUAGAAUAUACCAUUGAUAUGGAUCUGUUGGAAUUUUGCGAAAGGUAUACAGACUUGAUACAUACAACGACUGUGGAUCUGGCUGCUGAACCCAAAGAAAAAUAUUUGGCACUACAAGAGGCGCUUGAGUGGAAUGAGGAUGAUAUGUUAAUGAAUGAAGAAAAGGUAUUUCUGACAGAAGCAGCAUGGGAAUCCUUAGAAAACAAGUUACGUGCGACAGAAAAACGGGAGCAAAGAAGAGCCAGAUGCGCUGCCAAAGGGAUACCAUUCGUUGAAGAGUCUGAAGAUAAUGGUCACGGUGAGUGCCACGAGUCAGUAUGUGAUCCUGUAUCCUGUCAGUCGAUGAUCGAAUCAGGCUCACUUUGUUCUGAAGAUUACUAUGAACCAUGCUGCGAGGCUGCUUUUUAUUCGCAAAAGUGUGAUCAUAGUUUGACUACAGUUACAGCUACCACAAUCACAUCUGUGUCUGACGAAGAAGAAAAGAGCGAGCACACAGUAAAUACACAAGAACAGGAGCAAAAUAAGAAAAUAAGUCCAAGACGAAUAAGUCCAUCAAGGGUCUUUUGGAUAUCAAUUACCUGGUUGACAACAUGGUGGAUCCCCAGUUUCCUGUUAUCGUACGGAUGUGGAAUGCGUAGAUCUGACAUUAGGAUGGCGUGGCGUGAAAAAGUGACCCUGUGUGUGGUUAUCUUGCUCCUGUGUGCUGUAAUGAUAUGGUUUAUUGCCUUCUUUGGACAACUCAUAUGUCCCCAUCAAGAUCUCUAUACGCAGUCUGAACUCCAGGCCAAAAGUAGCCGAGACAAUGCAUUCAUUGCUAUCCGGGGCGAAGUAUUUGACCUGACAUCAUUUGCUCCUCGCCAUUGGGCAUCAGAAGUCAUACCUACCGCUGCACUCUUUCAAUACGCCGGACAAGAUGCAAGUGACCUGUUCCCAGUACAGAUAUCAGCCUUAUGCGAUGGAGUCGAUGGGUACGUGCCUAAAGAAGUAGCAAUGGAUGCACACAUAAACAUAACAAACUCGAAUGCCGUCUAUCAUGACUUUCGCGCCUUUCGAUCGGAUUAUCGACCUGACUGGUACUAUGAACAGAUGGUAUAUUUGCGAACCAACUAUCGUUUAGGUUUUAUGGGAUAUGACCUAGUUGAUAUCAAGAAUCAAGCAACAAGCCCGGUUCAGAUAGGUGGCAUUCAUACAACACGUCGAUGGGCUAUCUUGCAUGACAAUGUAUACGACUUGACAUCAUACAUGAUGGGUGGACGAGUUAUUAAAGUACCUGAUGGACAAACCGCUCCAGCAGAUAUAGACAUGGAUUUUAUAGAUAAUUCCAUUAUUGAACUUUUUAGACAAUUACCUGGCACAGAUAUUUCUGCACACUUUGAUGCUUUACCCUUAGAAAAGGAGGUAAGGGACAGACAGUUGACAUGUCUGAGAAAUCUGUUUUUUGUCGGAAAAGUAGACACCCGAAACUCCUACCAAUGUCUAUUUUCCGAAUAUAUCCUGCUUUUGAUCACUGCAUUUUUAUGCAGUGUCAUAUUAUUCAAGUUCCUUGCUGCACUACACCUUGGUAAGAGCUACAUGAACGAUGAUUGCGAACAGUUUAUUAUUUGUCAAGUCCCUUGCUAUACAGAAGGAGAAGAGUCACUAAGGAAAACCAUCGACUCGUUAGCUGUCUUGAAAUACGAUGACAAGCGCAAGCUACUGUUCCUGAUUGCAGAUGGAAUGAUUGUUGGAAGCGGUAAUGAUAGGUCGACACCGCAAAUCGUCUUGGAUAUCUUGGGAGUUGACCCUAACUUGGACCCUGAACCAAUGUCAUUUCUGUCUCUUGGAGAGGGUAAAAAGCAGCACAACAUGGGCAAGGUCUAUUCUGGGCUAUACGAGUGUUCUGGACACGUUGUUCCGUUUAUUGUUGUCGUCAAGGUUGGCACUUCCGAUGAAAGACAGAAGCCAGGAAAUCGAGGUAAACGAGACUCACAGAUGGUGCUGAUGCGAUUCCUAAACAAGGUUCAUUAUGACUCACCAAUGACACCGCUUGAACUUGAGAUCCAUCAUCAGCUAAAGAACGUGAUUGGUGUGAACCCAAGCUUUUAUGAGUUUGUGCUGAUGGUAGAUGCUGAUACAGAGGUCUUGCCACAUUCACUCAACAGGAUGGUAUCUUGCUUUGUUCAUGAUCCGAAAAUUGUUGGCCUCUGUGGAGAGACAAUGCUGUCAAACGAGAAAGAUACAUGGGUGACAAUGAUUCAAGUAUAUGAAUAUUAUAUAUCUCAUCAUUUGGCCAAGGCAUUCGAAUCUUUAUUUGGCUCUGUGACAUGUCUUCCAGGUUGUUUCUGCAUGUAUCGUAUUCGAUCCAGUAUUCGAAAUCAACCUUUGUUAGCAUCCAACGAAAUCAUUAAUGAUUAUGCAGAGAACCGAGUGGAUACACUUCAUAAGAAGAAUCUAUUGCACCUAGGAGAAGAUCGCUAUCUGACAACGCUCAUAUUAAAGCAUUUCCCUCAUUUCAAAACAAAGUUUACACCUGAUGCAGCCUGUAUGACAAACGCACCUGACCAGUGGCCAGUGCUCUUAUCACAACGUCGACGAUGGAUCAAUUCGACGGUACACAAUCUCGGAGAGUUGAUGUUCUUACCUCAGCUUUGUGGAUUUUGCUGCUUUUCCAUGAGAUUUGUGGUGAUGUUGGACUUGUUGAGUACAUUGGUUAUGCCAGCUGUUGUUUGUUAUCUGGGGUAUUUGAUAUAUCAACUUUGUACAAACACAAGUCAGGUGCCUUUAAUGUCGAUCAUCACACUAGCAGGUGUGUAUGGGCUUCAAGCAAUUAUUUUUAUUUUAAGAAGAAAGUGGGAACAUGUAGGAUGGAUGAUUAUUUAUAUUUUAGCAAUACCUGUAUUUUCAUUCUUUAUUCCCAUAUACUCAUUUUGGCACUUUGAUGACUUCUCUUGGGGUAAUACACGUAUAGUUGUUGGUGAAAAAGGUGAAAAGAAAGCAGUAGGACCAGAUGAGGGCGUAUUUGACCCAAGCACGAUUCCACUAAAGAGAUGGUCAGAAUAUGAGGAAAUGAAACGACAAGAUGAGGAAAAUAGUCAAACAGAAGAGGAAAUGACACAAGAAGAUAAACUGAUCUAUGAAGAGAUUGAACGUAUUUUUGAGGAAUAUGACUUGAUGGAAAUAAGUAGAAAGAAAGUAAGAGAUAUAUUAUCAGAAACAUUUCAAAUGGACAUGACAUGUAAAAAAGAGUUUAUAAAUGAUUGUAUUGAUCGAAUCUUGUCAUAA